AUGGAUGCAUUAGCUAAUACUGCCAACUUUCUCAACAUGAUCUACCAAGCUAGCGAUUUGAGAGAAAGCACAGUGGAAGAAGACAUGGAGUGGUAUCAUGCAUUGGUCCGUGCACUUUUAGAUGCUGAUGGGCUAAUUCAAAAGGCCUAUCUAACAUUUGAUGCGGAUCCGGCAGCACAAACUCCACAGCUAGUGCUACGUGCAACUCGUAACCCAAUGGCUAAAAUUCAAACUAUCAUCUUGCAAGAUUUAUCAAAGUAUUGGAAUACAUUGCACCCUCCUGCUCCAGCGCCGGACGAUUCAUGGUUUAGGAAUUUAAAAUUUCCAGUGAAUAAUCGUCCAAUAGCAUCGUUGUCCAAGAGAGUGUUGUUGAACGAUUUGAGCACACUGGAGACCCCAAAAUGGCGGCAAAGUGACAGUUACGUGACCAGUCGCAGUGGGGUGAGGUGGGCCAGUGCUCCCUUUUUGGACUGUGAGGAUGGGCGCUUUGUGCCCGGGUGGAUGCUAAGUUUGUCCACGGCUUACUACGGACUCAAACCGGACCUGACUCCAGAGUUCAGAGGCGUGAUCCGAGUGGACGUGAACAUUCAGGACAUUGAUGUGGACCAGUGCGCCUCAGGAAACAGCUGGUUUGCCGACACCCACCAAUGUAACCGCACCAGUAUGGAGUGUGUCCCGAUUCCCGGUCGUGGUUUUCGACUGGGACAGUACUGCUGCAGGUGCAAAGAAGGAUUCUACAACCCAGUGAUCUCCAACCAGGAUUCAGUCACUCCAGAUGCCCUCCCAGUGAACAGCAGCGAUGCUUGUUACCCGUCCAUGCCAGUGUGCCUGCCCUGUUACCCGGGUUGUGGUCGCUGUCAGGACGGUGCCCCCUGCAGGGUGCAGGAGGACUGGCUGCUCCGGACGGCGGUGCUGGGCAUUCAGGGGGUCUUCAUGGUUCUAAUAUUCGUCAGCAUGAUGGCUGCCUACAGACACAGGAGAAACAAGAGGAUCCGAGCAUCUGGUUUGCUUCUAUUGGAGACCAUUCUCUUCGGCUCCCUUCUCCUCUACUUCCCAGUUUUCAUCAUGUACUUCAGGCCCAGUACAUUCAGGUGCAUCCUCCUGCGCUGGGUUCGAAUGUUGGGAUUCUCCAUCGUCUACGGCACUGUCACUCUCAAAAUGUACCGUGUUUUGAAAGUGUUCUUGUCGCGUACCGCCCAGAGAGUGCCGUACAUGUCCAGUCUGCAUGUGAUGCGUAUUCUGGCUGUGAUGCUGAUGACGGUGAGCUGGUUCCUCUGUGCGUGGACCGUGGGUGUCCUCCAAAACAGGGACAGGAACAUCCCCGUGUACCUGCCCACCACCACUUCUGACGGGCAGGGAUUCAACCUCUGCUACCUCGACCGCUGGGACUACAUGAUGGCUGUGGCGGAGUUGCUGUUCCUGUGCUGGGGCAGCUCUCUGUGGACCGCUGUGAGGCCUGUGCCCUCUGCCUUUCACGAGCCUCGUUACAUGGGCAUCGCCAUCCACAAUGAACUGCUGCUCUCCACCAUGUUCCACCUCUUCAGGUUCACGUUCCCAUCUCUGCACCCCGACUGGAUGCUGCUGUUGUGCUUCACUCACACUCAUUUCACCAUCACAGUGACUCUCGCCCUGCUCUUUCUGCCAAAGUUCCUGUACGUGUCCAAACCGGGUCGUGAGGAGAUUGCAGCUGAAGUGUACGAAGACGAGGUGGACCUGAGGCGCUCCUAUCUAAACAACAGUUUCACCUCAGCCUGGAGCGAACACAGUGUGGACCCAGAAGACUUCAGGGACGAGCUGAAGAAGCUAUAUGCCCAGUUAGAAGUCCACAAGACCAAGAAGAUGGCUGCCAAUAAUCCUCACCUCCCAAAGAAACGCAGUUCUCGGUGCGCAAUUGGACGAUCCAUCAUAAAACGUAUCACAGAAUUCCCGGAAACUGUAAGUCGCCAGUGCAGCCGGGAAGACAAGGAUGGAUCAUUCCGAAGUCGGAGUAUUUGCCAUUCGGAUUCAUUCAGGAGAAGCCCGGAUAAUGCUAGCAUCAGUUACAGGAGUUCAAUAUUAACACCAACACCGUCAAUUCGGAAGUCUCAAAGCGACCAUCAUUCCAUUCAGGAAAAUCAGCCAUCUUUGCGCAACACGUCAAGGUUAAGGCCAGAUAUGAUCAAAAGAUGUUCACAAAGAUCAGAAACUGACUCGUUGGAUAUGCCUCCUGGAGUGUGCAAAUCAGCAAGCGCACAAAAUUUAACCAUAGACACGAAUUUGCUAUACCCAGACCAUACAAGACUGCACAAGACAUGGAGCUUGACAACAACACCUACACAUUCAGUUGAAAAUAUUACUAAAGUUGAGCGAUCCAACUCAGUGCUUUCAAAAUCAAAGGAAUUCAUAUCUAUUGGUGAGCAAACGAGAAGUGCUUUGCAAUCAGAGUCGUUUGACAGGUGCACAAAAAGAUUCAAAAUCGCCAGUGCAUUUAGGAGUACCAGUGUCCAAGAUGGUCGAAAGCUGUCCGUGGGAUUUUCCAGAUCCGCCUCCACUUUUAGAAACAAUUUGUCCUCGGGAGGAAGGAAGUAUGGAAACCUUAACUGUCAUGAAAAAGGACUCAACAACACAAAUGACUAUUAA